AUGUCAGACCCACCUGUGCUACCUCACAGAAAUGAAUCACCCCAAUUAAAUAUUGCCCAAAUUAGGCAAGUUCCUGAAUUUGGACAAUCAGUGAUAACCGGUCAUCGCCAUCAUAUCACUAUUCCUCCGCCUCCACCUCCUCCCACCCCUGAAAUGAAAGGGGGACGACAAACCAGCAGCUGCGUCUGUCUGACCGGCGUCGCUGCACUUUUCAUGAUUAUCGCACUUUUACUCGUAGUCAUAAUUUUAUUGUUAAUACGGUGCGGGUGGAACCCACAACGUGUUUUGGAUGGAAAUGUUUCGCUUACUGCUAGUGUAACUACAAAACAUGUAGAAAUUUACGACACGCAAACAACUACCGCAAUGUCACACCUACCCCGGACAACAACAGGGGUAAUAGAUUUUACUGAAAAUCAUGACCAAAACGAGUCUACUUAUCAGACCGAAAUGGAAAUUGGGACAUCAUCAAUGUUACCAAGCAGUUCGUCUACAACGACGACCACGGAGAUUACGAUCACAAUAGAAGCUGAAACACAGGAUUACCAACCUCACACCCACCACGAGAAUAAUCAUGAAGAAUGCGUCACACCAACUUGUCGAGCCAUUGAAAUGCUUAAAUCCUCGCUGGAUGAAUCAUUUCAUCCGUGUGAAGAUUUUUAUCAGUUCGCAUGUGGUGGUUGGAUUCGACAAGUGAAAGACCAACUACAAAAGGAAAAUGCAACUGCGACCUCCUUCCUGAACGAGAUUGACAAAGAAAAUACAAAAUUUGUGCAAAAACUGAUUGAAAGAAUCCAGCACUCCGAAUCUGGUGCUACCGGAAAGGUGGCCCGAUUCUACACGUCCUGCACAUCCCACCCCAACUUAAAGGCCGUCGUGGAUACAUUCAGCCCUUCAAGGGACACGGGUUUGAACUCCGCAAUUUCUGAAGUGUUGGCACACUUCCUCCUUCAACAAAGACUUCCCUUUCUCUCUGAAGAGUUGAAGAGGCUGCUCCUCCUGUCCGGAAAUGAGACUGGAUACAACGCCGAAAUGUGCACGUAUCUGACCCGCCUCCAUUUCCCGGAAGUUGUGGCAAAACUGUAUGUUCAAAACUAUUUUGAGCAUUCGUUGGAAGAAGGCGUCCUUAAUUUGGCGAACAAAGUGUGGAAAACAUUCAAUUCUCAGGUUUCCUACCACACUGAUUGGAUAACCGACCUCCGUUCCACCGUAACUCUGAAGAAAAACCUAGAUCAGCUCGUAAUAUACGUCGGAUACAUGGGCCACAUCCUUGACGACACCUUGGUAAACAAUCGAUACGAAGAACUGACAAUUUCCACCAAUUCGUCCGACUUUAUCUCAAACUGGAAACAACUCGCAGUUUUAUACGAAGAACGAAAGAAUUUCAUGGAACUUGAACUCGAUCUGAAUACCCCCUUGGCGAACGCGUUCUACUAUCCCGACGUUGACAAAGUAUUCAUCCCUGCUGGAAUAGUGCAAAUGCCCGAAUUCCACCCCGACUUCCCGGACGUGCUCAAAUUUGCAAAAUUGGGCGCCACAAUUGGUCACGAGUUGGGGCAUGCGCUACAUUUUUAUGUUAAUGGGGUAACGUCAGAAUAUAAUGACCGCCUCUAUGAGGUUUUCCCUAGCGUGGUGUCGCAAAAAUGCAGGGAUAAUUAUGAGGAGAUUUGCGCAUGCGUGGCAGACCAAUACGAGACGUACGAAGUACAACUCCCCGCCGGAUAUGAGAAUGAAACACUCACCGUCAACGGGACACUUACCAGUGAGGAAAACGUGGCGGAUAAUAUUGGUCUACAAGUAGCGUUUACGUCGUUUUUGCAAAAUGAAGCCGACAAAUUAUGGGAACCGUUGGAAGGAUUGGAAAUGUUUAGUCGGGAACAAAUAUUUUUUAUUGCGCAUGCUCAGGAAAGCUGCGAAGCCUAUGCAAGUCCUGACGUAACCGUGGUCAGGAUGAAAAAGGGACUAGAAAAGGAUUCCCAUAGCCCCGGGCAAAUCCGGGUUUUAGGCUCGCUUAGCAAUUCACCCGACUUCUCCAAGGCAUGGGAAUGUCCAGUCGGAUCAAAAUAUAAUCCAGACCGGAGAUGCAAAUUUUUUCCUAGAAUAUUAAUAAAAUUUGUACUACAAAUGCAUCACUGAUGCAGAUUAUCCUACCAACGAUCAACGAUAAUUUUGAAAAAUUUAUGUCAAAAUUGUCUAAUAAAAUCCGCCAAGUAGUAUGCAUUA